AUGGGUAGCUCUCAGCAAGCUGGAUGGUCCAAGAAACCCAUAUCACCCAAAACCGCAAGAGCUACUUUGAAAGUUGUCAGGAAUACCAUGUACACCAUUGUUCUGCUCAGCUUCAGUGCGGUCACAGGAGCUACAGGGAACAACAGAGUGUCAGCGACAGGAGAUAGCAGCUCUGAGCUCAACUGCUCUCGUAAAUCAAAUAUAACUAUGGUAACAUGGAAAAUCAGCCCCAAGGUUGGAGGCCCCUGCACCAUGGGAUACAGGGCUGAUCAGAACAAGACAGACAGAACAAACUGCAGUGACAGCAUGAACUGGAAAUUCAGACCAGACGGGGAUCCUACCCUUGAGAUACGGCACGUGGGAAUAGCCCAUGAGGGAAACUAUACCUGCGAACUAGUAACAACAGAAGGGAAUUUCCACAAGACGUACUACCUGACCGUGCUAGUGCCCCCCAGGCUGGCCCUGUACUGUGACAACCACGGGGACCCCGUGUGCGAGGCGGCAGCAGGGAAGCCGGCUGCUCAGGUCGCGUGGGUCCUAGACAGCAACUCCACCCCCAGGGAAGAAGGCCAUGACAACGGGACAGUGACUGUUCUCAGCAAGUUGACAGCACGCAGCACCAACAUGACUAAUGCAACCUGCAUUGUGUCCCACCCAGCAGGGAACCAGAGCAAGACCAUAGCUUGCCAUCCCUCAAAGAACAGUACAUGGUUUCUUCACUGUUUCAUCAGCCUUGCUGGUCUCCUGGGCCUCCUUUUGCUGCUUGCUGCUCUUCAUCGCUACACCUUCUGUGACAGCAGGCUCUCAGCACAGGAAGCCUAG